AUGGAGAAGCACCAUCGAGCCCGCCCCGGACAUGGGCGAGCACAUCUUGAUGCAAGUCUGGAAGCGGCCACGGCCACGGCCGGGCCAUUGCGACGCCGGCGGCGGCCGUUGAUCGCCGUCUUGUCUGCUGCUCUGUUUUGCGCCACCGCCACGGUCCUCUACCUUGCCAGCUUCUAUGCCCUUCGCGCUCCGACGACGCCAAACGGCCAGUAUGACGCGAGUGACCGGGCGCAUGUCCCCUCAGGCGGCGCCGGGGCCGACGACGGCUUCAUUCUUCACCCCGAAAACCACAUCCGUCGCGAGGCCCGGGCCAUCCACCUGGCCUGGAACGUGACCAAAGCAACGCGCUCGCCCGAUGGAGUCUCCAAGUCUGUGUAUCUGAUCAACGGGCAGUUUCCGGGUCCCUUGGUCGAGGCUCGGUCGGGCGACGAGCUGGUCGUCAAUGUGCGCAACUCCAUCGACGGCGACCAUGGCGAGGGCAUCUCGGUGCACUGGCACGGCCUCCUCAUGAAAGGUGCCAACGAAAUGGACGGCGCCGUGGGACUGACCCAAUGCGCCAUCGGCCCGGCCGAGGACUUUACGUACCGGUUUCGCAUCCAUGAACAGCAGUCCGGCACUUUCUGGUAUCAUGCCCACGCAGGCGUGCAGCGCGCCGACGGCCUGUUUGGCGGCCUCGUCAUCCACAAGCCAGUCUCGGCGCACGAGAAGCACGGCUCGGACCUGUCGACGUAUCAGUACGAGGCCGAGCAGCUCCUCCUCGUCGGCGACUGGUACCAUCGGCCGGCCGGCGCCGUGCUCGACUGGUUCAUGGAUCCGAACCACUAUGCCUACGAGCCGGCCCCCGACUCGAUGCUCAUCAACGGCCAAGGCUUCUACGACUGCUCCAUGGCCGUCAAAGCCCGCCCGGUCAACUGCAGUGCCGUCGAGAAGCCGGCCGUGAGGUUGGCGGGCAGCGACCGGGUCCGGCUGCGAAUCGUCAACACCGGCAUCACGUCGGGUCUGACUCUCUCGCUCACGCACGGGACCAUGAGACUCAUUGCCGUCGACGGUGGCGGCCCUGUCUCAGCCAGCACGCCCGCCGCCGCCGCGAUUGGUGUGCUGUACCCGGGCGAGCGGAUGGAUCUCGUCGUGGACCGCAGAAUUCCGAUGGCGGCCAGCUCGGCUCACGUCGCCCAUCGGGUAGAUGGCGACCCGCCUAGGCUGAGGAUCGCGCUUGACAAGGAAAACAUGGGCUUGAAGAACUUUGCCCUCACGCGGAAGCAGUCGUUUCCCCUCGUGUGGAAGGCAGGCAAGGGCGGCGCCGCCUCGACGCACAGGCGGCACGGCCCAGAAGCCGGCGUGCCGCAUCUCGCCCUGGGAGACGCCUCGGGGCCGCCGCUCGACCCGGCCCUCGCCGGCCUCAUCGAGCACCCCCACGAGACUGCCGUGCUUUACACGACGAUGCUGGUGCGGGCUGCCAACCACAACCGGCCUGUCGGCACCGUCAAUCACACGUCCUGGGCCGUGUCGGAUCCCAAGAGCCAGCCGCUUCUCUCCUUGGACCGCGAGCAGUGGUCCUCGGCCAUCCCUCAGCCGACAUGGCUUGAGCUUGUGAUUAACAACUUUGACGACAAGGGACACCCGUUUCACAUGCACGGCUACAGCUUCUUUGUCGUCGCGAGUCGACAGGCCCAGAUGGGCCAGGCCAUUGGCUACAAUCCCCUCGACCCGGCCGCUGCUGCCCAGGCGCCGCCCGUCAACACGGCCAACCCGCUGCGCAAAGACACCGUCUACGUGCCGCCUCAGGGCCACGUCGUGCUCCGCUUGCCGCUGGACAACGACGGGCUGUGGCUCCUCCACUGCCAUGUCUUGUGGCACCAAGCGGCAGGCAUGGGCAUCGUGCUCCAGGUUGGCGAGAUCGCGGCGGGAGCAAGGCAGCGUGCCUCGGCGCUCUGUGCGAGUUGA